AUGGCGGAAAACAACAGCAACGUCGUCGAAUUCCCCACCAACCCCGCCGUGUAUCAGCGGAAGCCGAGACGACUUCGCAUCGACGAGCUGGACGAGGCUGCGUCUGAGCUGGCCACAGCAACUGCUUCUGAGCGUACAACUCCUCAGGCGGAGAGAUUGCCUGCCGAUCUUUUCGUGACUGACGAAGAGAAGGAACGGAAAUGGUUCGUUGGCAGCAUCGACCAGGGCACUACGUCAUCACGGUUUAUCAUCUUCGAUGGUGAUGGUUCUCCCGUUGCCAGCCACCAGCUCGAGUUUGAGAACCUGUAUCCCAACUCAGGAUGGCACGAGCAUGACCCAAUGGAGCUCCUUGCCUCCGUCACGACGUGCAUGGAGAAGGCGGUCGAGCAAUUCGUCGAGAAGGGCCAUUCCAAGCAGCUCAUCCGCUCAGUUGGCAUCACGAACCAGCGCGAGACGACUCUUGUAUGGGAUUCAGAGACCGGUGAGCCACUGUACAACGCCGUUGUGUGGCCCGAUACACGCACAACCGGCCUCGUGCGUCAAUUGAAGAACGCCCCCAAGGCCGACACACUCCAGGACAUCUGCGGUCUGCCGCUCUCGACAUACCCAAGCAGUGUCAAGUUAAGGUGGCUGCUAGACAAUGUCGAAGCUGUGCGCAAGGCCUCGGAGGAGGGCCGGCUGGCCUUUGGUACGGUCGACUCCUGGCUCAUUUACAAGCUCAACGGCGGCCCCACCGGCGGCCACGACGGCAAAGGUGUGCACGUCACCGACAGCACAAACGCCAGCCGUACCAUGUUCAUGAACCUCAAGACUCUCAAGUACGACGACCGCCUGCUCGCGUUCUUCGGCAUCGACCCCGCAAAAAUCCAGCUGCCACGAAUUGUACCCUCGUCCGAUGCGGAGGCAUUUGGCUCCAUCGCCGACGGCCCUCUCGAGGGCAUUCGCAUCGCUGGCUGCUUGGGCGACCAGUCCAGUGCACUUGUCGGGCAGUGCGGCUUCCAUCCGGGCCAGGCUAAGAACACCUAUGGCACGGGAUGCUUUUUGCUCUACAACGUCGGUACUGAACCCGUCAUUUCGAAGCAGGGUCUGUUGGCCACUGUUGCCUACGACUUUGGUCACGGCACCAAGCCCAUCUACGCUCUCGAAGGCAGUAUUGCGGUCGCCGGCGCCGGUGUCAAGUUUUUGACAAACAACAUGGGAUUCGCCAAAGAGUCGCACGAAAUCACAGAACUGGCCGAGUCAGUCCCCAACAACGGCGGUGUCGUGUUUGUUACGGCCUUUAGUGGUCUUUUCGCACCUUACUGGAUCGAUGAUGCCAAAGGCACUCUCUUCGGCCUUACCCAGUUCACGAAGAAGGCACAUAUCGCCCGGGCCACCCUUGAGGCUACCUGCUACCAGACCAAGGCCAUCCUUGACGCCAUGGAGCGCGACAGCGGCAAGCGCCUCGAGAGCUUAGCCGUUGACGGCGGCCUCUCCAACAGCGACCUGACCAUGCAGUUCCAGGCCGACGUUACCGGCAUCCCUGUUGAUCGUCCCGCUAUGCGCGAGACGACGGCUCUGGGUGCCGCUAUUGCUGCCGGCCUUGCUACUGGUGUGUGGAACAAGCUGACGGAUCUUCGGGACGUCAACCGCUCCGGCCGCAAGAUCUUCCAGCCGUGCGAGGACCGCGCCCCCAUUGGCCGCAUGGUGCGCAAGUGGGAGCAAGCCGUGGAGAUGAGCCGCGGCUGGGUGCUGACCGAGGCCGACGCCCAGGAGGAGGCGGAACGGGAAGAGGCCGACAAGGCCUUGGCCAAGGAGACGGCUGAUGCGGAGGCCGCGGCCGCCGAAGAGUCCAAGGCAGAAGUCGUGCACGUCGAGUCUGCAACCAAAGCUGCAUAA